UGAUCUAAAUUUUUAUAACGCUGAAAUCCAUGGGAUGGCAUGGAAAAGAAACACAAGGAAAAUGGUCAUGAGUCAUCACUGGCUGGCCAAACAAGCUCCCCGCCACCAAACGCGCUUUGUCCUUCACCGUUUUGACAACGCAAUCGCCAUGCAAUAAAUCCCUUCAACAACAAAUCAGUUUAGCUACUGGUGGAUCUAAGUUAGUUUGUACUGCUGCAACAGAAACAACCCAAGUACGUAUAAAGCAAACUAUGGAAGCAGCAGCAACCUCUGCCUCUGCCAAGAAAUCCUCCUCCUUUAGUCUACGUAGCCCCAGUCUCAAUUCCCUUCGCCUCCGCCGCAUUUUUGAUCUUUUCGACAAGAAUGGCGAUGGCAUGAUCACCAUCCAGGAAAUUAGUCAAGCACUCAGCCUUCUUGGCCUCGACGCUGACUUCUCUGAGCUUGAAUUCACCAUCAAAUCCCACAUUAAGCCAGACAACAUUGGCCUUUCUUUCGAAGAUUUCGUGUCCCUUCAUCAAUCAUUGGACAACAGUUUCUUUGGUUACGAUAAUAAUGCGGCCGAGGAGGAGGCGUCUGCGAAUGAUAUUGGAGAUCAAGCUUGGAUGAGAAUGGAGGAAUCUGAUUUGUCAGAGGCAUUCAAGGUUUUCGACGAGGAUGGGGAUGGUUACAUAUCAGCACAUGAACUGCAAGUGGUCAUGAGGAAGUUGGGAUUCCCUGAAGCCAAAGAGAUUGACAGAAUUCAGAAGAUGAUCAUCACUGUCGACAGCAACCAUGAUGGUCGUGUUGAUUUCUUUGAAUUUAAGGAAAUGAUGAGGAGCGUUCUUGUUAGAAGCGUUUAAUUAUUCAUCUUCAUGAUCUUAAUUCUCCCUGAAAACCCUUUUUUUUUUUGCUCCCUUUCUUUCGCUUUCUUUUCAGUGGUUAAUUAGUCUUAAUUAUGGUUUGUUUUCAUAUGCAUGAACAUAGAAAUAUGAAUCAAUCAUUGUCAUGAUUGUACCAACGAUGCUCAGGCUUCAUGUUUGUAUGUGUUAAUAAGAUAUCAUUGUUGAUUUUGACGUUUCAGGAUUUCCACUCUCAUGUAUUUCUAUGCUGCUUCUCUUAGAUCCCA